UGGGUAGUGACCAAAUCACUCACAGGUCAGUAGGUUGCGCAUCCCAGUGCAGGACUGUGGAUAUAACAGGGGACAGAUACACUUGUACAACUUCCCUCAGUUCUCCCCUGUAACGCACCUGAGCGCCCUCCCUCCGCACCAACAGUGAGACCCGAGAGCUACACGGAGCGGCAGAAAUCGCUGGGACUGCGCGCGCUUGGAAAUCGCUGGGAACAGAGAGAAUAACUGCAGCAGAGAUGAUGAGUCCCAAGGGAGAUCAGACGCACAAUGAUCAACAAACCAGACGUGAUCAGAUUGAAUUGUGCCUGCAACCAUUCCACCUAUCCCAGGCACAGCUCUUAUCUGUGAAAGACUUUAUGUUGGAUGAUAUGGAGAGGGGCCUAAUGAAAGCACCUCAAAAACCAUCAACCCUAAAAAUGUUGCCAACGUAUGUCCGAUCUACACCAGAUGGUACCGAAAGAGGUGACUUCUUGGUGUUAGAUCUUGGAGGGGCCCAGUUCCGAAUCCUCCACGUGGAGCUAAAAGAUUCCGCUAAAGUAGAAAUGGGAAGUCGAGUCUAUGCCAUCCCAGAUGAAGUGAUGCAUGGGACAGGGCAGCAGCUCUUUGAUCAUGUUGCCGAAUGCCUUGGUCGGUUUCUUCAUCAACAAAAACUCCAUCAGAAGGUCUUGCCUCUUGGUUUCACCUUUUCAUUUCCCUGUGUGCAAAGUCAGUUAGACAAGAGUGUGCUGAUUUCAUGGACUAAAGGAUUCCACUGCUCUGAUGUAGAAGGAAAAGAUGUGGUACAUCUCUUGCGAGAAGCCAUACGUCGGCAAGGAGAUUAUGAUGUUGAUGUGAUUGUUAUUGUCAAUGACACUGUUGGGGCAAUGAUGAGUUGUGGAUUCCAAGACCACAGCUGUGAAGUUGGCUUCAUUGUUGGCACCGGUACCAAUCUCUGUUAUAUGGAAGAGAUGGGAAAUGUGGAAUCCGUGGAAGGGGAUGAAGGAAAAAUGUGUAUUAACACGGAAUGGGGUGCUCUUGGAGAUGAUGGAGAGCUGAGCUCAAUUCAGACAGAGAUUGACAAGCAGGUGGACCAGAAUUCACUUGUGCCUGGGAAGCAGUGUUUUGAUAAGCUGGUUAGUGGAAUGUACAUGGGAGAAAUUGUGCGUUUAAUCCUUGUGAAGUUGGCCAACCAGGGCCUACUGUUUGAUGGUACCACAACCCAAGCUCUGCUUACUAAGGGGUGCUUUGAGACCAAGCAUGUGUCAGUCAUUGAGGAUGACCAUUUUGGACUGGCUUCAACUCGGAAAAUCUUGUCUGUUCUUGGCUUAAACCCUAGCGAACAAGACUGUGUGAAUGUGCAGCAUGUGUGUAGUGCCGUGUCCACAAGGUCUGCAAACCUCUGUGCUGCUGGACUGGCUGCUGUGGCCACCCGUCUGCAGCGAAAUAGCCACGACUCAAAGAGCAAAAUCACCAUUGGAGUGGAUGGAUCUGUGUAUAAGCAGCACCCUAAGUUUAGUGAACGUCUCCAUUCUGCACUGCAGCACUUGUCACCGGAAUGUCAAAUAAAAUUUUUGAUAUCCGAAGAUGGAAGCGGAAAGGGCACUGCCAUAGUAACUGCAGUUGCAAGGAGACUUGCUGCUCAACGUCAUCAAAUAGAUGAAAUUUUAGCCCCAUUUCAGUUGUCCCAGGCCAAGCUAGAGGAGGUGCAAAACCGCAUGCGUGCUGAGAUGGAUAUCGGCCUGUGUAAGGAGACCCAUGCCAGUGCUACCGUGAAGAUGCUCCCAACAUACGUGAGAUCCACACCUGAUGGAACAGAACGAGGAGACUUCAUAGCGUUAGAUCUCGGGGGAACCAAUUUCCGGGUGCUGUAUGUCCAUAUCGGUCGUAGAGAAGAUGUAGGGGUGCAAAUUGUGAGCAAGACCUACUCUUUGCCGCAAGAAGUAAUACAGGGAACAGGAGUACAGCUUUUUGACCAUAUUCUAGACUGCAUCUCGGAAUUUCAAAGUGAAAAUAAUCUCCGCGGGAGAAGGCUACCUCUGGGUUUCACCUUUUCCUUUCCUUGUAAACAAACCAAUCUUGACCAGGGUAUCUUGAUUACUUGGACAAAGGGAUUCCGUGCAUCAGGAUGUGUAGGAAAAGAUGUUGUUACUCUUCUUCGAGAGGCUGCAAUAAGGAAAAAGAAUAAUGAUCUAAUUGUGGUUGCCCUGGUGAAUGAUACAGUGGGGACAAUGAUGUCUUGUGGAUACAAUGACCCAGCUUGUGAGAUUGGCCUGAUUGUGGGCACAGGGACCAACGCUUGCUAUAUGGAGGAGUUAAAGAAUGUGGAGCUUUUGGAUGGUGUUGAAGGACAGAUGUGUGUGAAUAUGGAGUGGGGAGCCUUUGGCGACAACAACUGUUUGGAAGAUAUCACCACUUCCUUUGAUCAUGAUGUUGAUACGUUUUCUAUCAAUCCUGGAAAGCAAAGGUAUGAGAAGAUGAUCAGCGGGAUGUAUCUGGGAGAAAUCGUGCGCCAGAUUCUCAUAGUCCUCACAAAGCGGGGCAUCCUGUUUGGAGGCAAAAUCUCAGAGCGUUUACUGACCAGAGAUAUAUUCCCUACCAGAUUUCUCUCCCUUAUUGAGAGUGACACACUGGGACUAGUACAGGUUAGGUCUAUCCUGACAGACCUCGGCCUCCGCAGCACUUGUGAUGACACAAUGCUUGUGAAAGAGGUGUGCACUACUGUAUCGAGGAGAGCGGCUCAGCUCUGUGCUGCUGGUGUUGUCGCUGUGGUGGAAAAGAUGAGAGAGAACAGAGGGCUGGACCAGCUGAAAGUUACUGUGGGAGUGGAUGGAACAUUAUACAAACUGCACCCCCACUUUGCCGGAGUGGUUCAAGAGACUGUGAAGAUAUUGGCCCCACGGUGUGACGUCACAUUUCUUCAGUCAGAUGACGGUUCGGGGAAAGGGGCUGCACUGAUUACAGCUGUGGCUUGUCGGAUCGCUGGCGCAGAGGCACGUGCAGCUUAGGACAAGCUUGGAAUUAUAGCCGGUAAACCCAAGUCUGAAAGAAGCACUGGUUCUCCUUUGAGUGUUACACUGAAAAGAGACUCUCUUGGCCUUAGUCCUACAGGAGAUGUAAGAGUACAGACUGUCUGUGAAUGCCGGCAGCACUGAGUUAUCGACCAGAACCAGAUUUAAGGGUGGUCUGGUUAAAAUGUAUUGUGUAUGUAAUGCUAACAAGAUUCUAUAUUUAUUUCAAGAAAUACAAGUUUUGAAGAAUAAAUCUUUUUCAUGAA